CCAGUCAUUCCAGUGAAUAUUCAGGGUUGAUUUGAUCUUUGUUUUACCCUAUCAGGAUUACCUGAAAUGUCUGUAAGUACUUGGAUGUGUAUCAUUGUUAAAAGAGUCAAAGCCACUCAGACAUUCUGUGGAAGGUUUCUGUACACGGCUGCACUUGUGACGCCGUCCUUGGUGGUGGCUGGCCACGCAGGGACCCGGUUUUGUUGGGGCUAGCACCUGUAACUCAUCUGGCUCUUCCAGACUCACAGGACUGGAUGCGCUUGCUUCUUGGCUUCCCUCAGUGAAGGCAAUUAAUAUUCCAUCUUCUCAGAUCAAUAACAAUCUGAUUUCCAGCUUUCAAAAUUUUGUCAGCUGAUCUCUUUGCUUGGUUUCUUCUGUGAAUUCAAGCACAUCUUUUUGAAUUUGUCCUUUUUAAAAAAAAUUUUUUUUGCUAUCAUUUUUCAUAAGUGACCUUCUGGAAGGAGACAUAAAUAUAUGGGUUUAAGACACCAUGUUCAUGCAGAGGUCUGGGUAUUUCUGUGGAAUACGUUCAUUCUUCAAAAUCCAGAGUGACUUUAAAAUGUAAAUCGGAUAUCACUUCCCCAUUUAAGUCUGCCAAGAUGAUCCAGCAGUUCCAUUUAGUUGUAUACACCCAGGAGAACAGAAAGCAGGGACUUGAAGAGACGUUUGUAUGCCAUGUUCACAGCAGCAUUAUUCUCAAUAGCUAAAAUGGGGAAACAACCCAAAUGUCCAUUGAUGAAUGAAGAGAUGUUGUCCGUCAAUACAGUGGAAUAUUAUUCACCCUUAAAAACGAAGGACAUUCUGACAGAUGACUCAGAUGAACCCUGAGGACGUUGUUAAGUGACAUAAUCCAGCUCCAAAGGACAAAUACUGUUUGACUCUAUUUCUUUCGGAUUCCUGGAGCAGUCGAUCUGAGACAGGAAGCAGGAUGGUGGAUGCCAAGGGCUGAGGACUUUAGUGUUUUAACAGGCACAGAAUUUUAGUUAGGGACGAUAAGAAAGUUCUGGAGAUGGAUCGCACAACAAAGAGAACGUGCUUAAUAUCCCUGAGCUGUACACCUAAAAGCGGUUACGUUGGUAAAUUCUGCAGUAUGUGUAUUUUGCCACCGUAAAAACAAAGCAACCAGCAAACCCUGCUGGAGUGUCCUAAUUCAUCUGAACCAGAACCUCAAAUUAUCCGAGGGUUCCACCUGGGCUUUUUCCGCAGGUGCAGGUGUAAGUACUUGGGUCGGGUCCCUGCCCAGACGGCUCAACCGGGGCUCCGUCCGAGCCCUCGCUCAACCGCAGAAACGAGUCGCACAGCAGGCCUCCGGCAGCGAGUCGACCAAAGGUCUCAGAACCACUGCCUACCACCCGGCUCCGCCUUUAUCCCUGGAAGUCACCGCGGCGAAUAAGGCGAUCGCGGCGGCUCCCGCGCAGCCAGCCGGCCGGAAGCGUACGUCCGACGAAGCGUGUCCCUCGCCGCACGCCGUCCACACCCGAGCGCGCCUGCGCGGAGCCCGUGUGGGGUCGACGCGGGACUUGACCGGCAUGGCGUUCCGGCAGGCGCUACAGCUGGCGGCCUGCGGCCUGGCCGGAGGCUCGGCCGCUGUGCUCUUCUCGGCAGUGGCGGUGGGGAAGCCCCGCGCGGGCGGGGACGCGGAGCCGCGCGUGGUCGAGCCCCCGGCGUGGGCGGGGACGUCGCGCCCCGGGCCCGGCGUCUGGGACCCCAACUGGGACAGGAGAGAACCACUGUCCCUGGUCAACCUGCGGAAGAGGAAUCUAGAGUCUGGAGAAGAGGAGCUGACGUCCAGGCUGGACCACUGCAAGGCCAAGGCCACACGGCACAUCUUCCUCAUCAGGCACUCGCAGUACCAUGUGGACGCCUCCCUGGAGAAGGACCGCACGCUGACGCCCCUGGGUCGUGAGCAGGCUGAAUUAACUGGUCUCCGACUUGCAAGCUUGGGGUUGAAGUUUAAUAAAAUCGUCCAUUCCUCCAUGACCCGUGCAGUAGAAACCACUGACAUCAUCAGCAAACACCUGCCAGGAGUCUGCAAGGUCAGCACAGACCUGCUGAGGGAAGGCGCCCCCAUCGAGCCCGACCCCCCCGUGUCUCACUGGAAGCCAGAGGCUGUGUAUUAUGAAGAUGGAGCGCGGAUCGAGGCCGCCUUCCGGAACUAUAUCCACCGGGCGGACGCCAAGCAGCAGGAGGACAGCUAUGAGAUCUUCAUCUGCCACGCCAAUGUCAUUCGCUACAUCGUGUGCCGGGCGCUGCAGUUCCCUCCAGAAGGAUGGCUCCGCCUUUCCCUCAACAACGGCAGCAUUACCCACCUGGUGGUCCGGCCCGAUGGCCGAGUGGCUCUCAGGGCCCUUGGGGACACAGGGUUCAUGCCUCCUGACAAGAUCUCCCGUUCCUGAGGGCCGCUUGGAGGCCCCGUGUCCUCCUUAGCCCCUCGCCGGCCUGGUGUGGGUGCCGCCAAGACCGCAGCUUCCCCCGUGUCCCCCCCACAGGCUGCGCAGCGGGGACAGCCACCUCUAGGCAGCAGGAAGGCAAAAGGAUCUGCAACACAGAGUUCUUAACUCACGGUCCAGGAAGGAAAAGGGAAGCACUUGGAUCAGACCAGCUUCAUCUCUUUCGCAGGGUGUCUGCCUCCUUCUCAUCCAGGACGAGCCUGAGGGGUCCAAGCAGGCCUGUUUGAGGGACUGGAUGAGGCCCCCCAGAUGCUGUGACUGUGGGGACCAGGCAGACACGGCAGCAGGCUGUCCGCCAGCAGAGCCCGUCAGGCAGGAGGAAGAGGAGGAGGGCGCAGCGCUUCUUCCGUUUGUAACUUAUUCUGCUUCGUACAUUCGUUUCCUAAAACUCUUGUCACUUACAUAAAGAUUUUCCUCAUCUGGUUCUUGCUUUGAAAACCACUUUCUCACUCCAAAGUCACACCUCCCUGUAGCUGUGGAAUCUGAACUUUUGUGUCGUGACGCCUUUCUGGACACACAGGAGGAGCACCUUGGCUGGUGAGGGAGGUGACUCAAGCUGCUGGCCUCGCCAGAGAGGCAGUGAUGAAUGCCUCAGGAGUGGCCCAUUUCAGUAAAACGUCCAACUGACAGUUCAGUCCUUGUUUGCCUCUGGCUGUUAAUCUUUCAUGCUUAUGGAUUAAAAUAUUUAGUAUGUCCAUCCCAAAUUUGUUAUUUUAGGAGAAAGUACAGUUUUUAUUAAGUGGUUAUGAACAUUUUCUGUAAUCAGUGCAACUAAUUGGAGUAUUUGAUGUUUCUGUCAAUUUUGGAAAUAACUACAAAAUAAAAUUUUAUUUUACUGGUUUUUCAAAGUA